AAAUGGCGGCCAAGUUGAUGCGCGGGAAUUUUUGAUCCCCAACUUCAUUUUAAACGCUUUAUUUUAUGUUAUUUUGCUUUAAGGUGUAGAAUAUUGGUAUUCUUAAGUUUUAGAAGUCCUAUUUUCUGUUGUGAUGGAGAGUAUUUUGCUUGUGGAGCGGCUAAAACAGGCCAUUCAAGACGAUUUCAAAGGUAAGAGAGAAGAAUUGGAGAAAGUAAAACAAGAAAAUAAACAAUUAGCAGACAAGAAUGACACUCUUAACCAACUGAAUAAAGAACUCAAAAAAGAUAAUGUCAGUUUGACUAAGACAUUAAAAGACUUGAAAGAGAAGUAUGAUCAUUUACACGGAAAACUGAAAAGGAAACAAGAUGAGAUAAAGAAGAAAGAUCAGUGGUGGGACAAGUACAGAUUUACUGCUGARACAAUGAUUAAAAAACUAAGAACUCAAGGAUCAUUUUCACCUGAAGUUUUACACCAAGUCAGUAGAGAUCUUGUCGAUAUCAUGGAAGAAGCCUCAAGCAAAGAAAGUAGCAGUUCACACAGCUCACAAGAAGUUAAAAAUCCUUCCAAGUUGACGACAUCUAAAGACAGAAAAAAGAAAGUUCGAUACACUGAAGUCUUUCCUGAAAACUUUGGCACUAACCAUGACGGAAGAUGUCAGACAAAAGACUUGAUCGCAAUACCAAAACACCAAACAAAAUCCAAGAAUAGUGAUGAUGAAUCCUGCACAGAAAAGCAAAAUAACUUYAUCUCUGCUGCAUGUCUUAAAGAUGUGGCAGAAGAUAGUGUCAAAACAACUGGAAGAAAUACAGAAAAAGAAAACAAAAAUAUAAUAGGGUCUACAAAGCACUGCGUAGAAAUGAAUUCAUCGUCCAGAACAGUUGCAAAAGAUAAAGAAAACAAACUAAGUAAUUUAGGGGCAAUGAACGGGACUAAAAAAGGUUACGAAGAAGAUAGAAAUGACCUUGACGAUGAUGAAACAUGUGGAUAUCCUUCAUUAACGAGUACCCCAAUGUUUUUGACAUUGAAUAAGAGAGCACCUUUAUCUGAUGCGGCUUUACAUGAUAUCAGCAUUAUACCCAAGGAUAGAGAAGAACAUUUAAAAAAUCCAAGUGAAAUAGAUGACAUAUUAGUCCCUGGAGCUGAUUUGGAUGACGUUGAUUCUUCUUCACCAUUAACUCCUGCCGUUCCAACCAUCUUUGAAAACUUACUUUCUCGAAGGACUUCAUUGACAACCAAAAGCGAAUAUAGUGAAGAAAAUGUUAUAUCUAAGGAUAAAACUGUAGGGAUGUAUGUUAAAGAAGAGAGAAAACAGCCUGGUAGAAAAGACUUAAGGAUUAUUAUUUCCGAUAUUCAAAAAUUAAAACCGACUGACAAGGAUAACGGACCAUCGCCAAGUAUUCUAAGGAACCUUGAGAUUAAAACUGAAGUGAAUGACGAUACGAUAGACUAUCCUGUUGCUUCUGAGGACAAUCCUGGAUCGCCAUCGAUACUUGAUAUAGACUUGAAACCUACCAUGAAUGUCAAACGUAAGACACGUUUGAAUGGAAUUAAACGAAAAAGAGACAAUUUUGAUGAGAAAGAGAUGGGAAUCCCACAAGAUGAUAAGGAGGAAAGACCAGCACAACCAGAUAAAAAAUCCAGAACAAACAGCACCGAARAUACCUUCAAGAUGCCCACCAAACMACUUCAUUCUUCCAAAACAARCAAACAGUUGARAGAACCUCAWAUCUCCCCRGAGUCUUGUAGUAUAAUGUUGUUGAGUGAUGAUGAAGAAGAAGGCAAUAAUAUGGAGUCAAGUAGUGUAGACAUGUUUGCCAACAACAAAGAUGUGAUUGACGUGAUAGGAGACCAAGGCCAGUCCCGUAAAACAGCAACACCUACUACUUCACUGUUCAACAUAAAGAAUCAAGAUCCAGUAAAAGAGGCUGAAGUUGACAGUGAUUUGUUGAAUGAGGAGUUCCCAGGAUUCAGGAAACCAGAUGAAUUGAAUUAUAAAAACAUUGAAGUUGUGAGGAAGAAGGGUGAGCGAGCAAAACUUGGUGGAUUCUCCUGUCGUGAUUGUGAACAGUACUACGGUGAAAUGACAGAAGAAGAGCGUAAGAAGAAGCUUAAAUAUUGCUCACGUCACCGAGCUAAAUGCUCCCCACCCCCCUCUACCCCCCCUGGAUUCUGGAAUCUUAGUUUUCCUAGCACACAAGAGGUCAUUGAAGGAGGAAUGAUGGUGGUGGGGGAUGAUGUUCCUGUACAAAAGCCAAGAAGACCAAGGAAAAAACACAUGUUAAAAUCAAUACCUAAAAAGGCAUGACAAACCAUAGAAUGGUGUAUUUAAAGUGCAUAUGACACGAAAACAUUUUAAUCUUAAAAAUGUGUAGUCUAUUGGCAUUAAUAAGAAU